CUUGAACUUGUCUUGCGCAUUCAUCACAAUACUUCCACUUCCACAGUUUGCUGGAGCUGUGAUCCUCUGCAUCUAUGGCCACCGUGCAACUCCAAUCCCUAACCCUCAUUCGCUCCUCCGCUUUCCCUUCCCUCACCGUCUCGCCUUCCAUCUCCGCCUGCCGUAACCUUCCCACGUUGCCGCGCUACGCCGGCCUCAGACUCACACACGCCGCCGAUACCCGUUUUCCGAGUCGCGCCGCCUCGAAAACUGCUCCUCGAAGUGGACGCGUCGCGUGUGAGGCUCGUGAUACCGCCGUUCAAGUGGCUUCUGUUACUGAUGCAAAUUGGCAAUCACUUGUGCUUGAAUCUGAGUUACCUGUAUUGGUUGAAUUCUGGGCUCCAUGGUGUGGUCCCUGCCGAAUGAUCCACCCGAUAAUUGAUGAGCUGGCAAAGGAGUAUGCUGAUAAGCUUAAGUGUUACAAACUCAAUACUGAUGAGAGCCCUUCAACUGCUACUCGGUAUGGCAUUCGAAGUAUUCCAACUGUCAUUGUCUUCAAGAAUGGUGAGAAGAAAGAUGCAGUUAUUGGUGCUGUGCCCAAGGCGACAUUGACCUCAAGCUUAGAAAAAUUCUUGUGAGGAGGUAACCGAUGAAGGCUUCAGCUGGAAGAAAAGCUAUUUUUCUCAUUAGCUUCCUCUCAUCUAAGCCAUAUAUCUCCAGUUUGGAUUAUUUGUUUCUUAAAUAACCAUUACGGUCCUGUAUAGUUAUGGAUGCAACCGUAUUUUCGGUUGCUGUAGAUUAUUAUUAGUUACCAAGAUGUUCCGUAAAAUUGCCAUCUAUUAAUAGUACGCUUUAAAUACAUUUUACAUC